AUGGCGCCCAAGGGCACCACGCUCAUGCUCGAGCUGUCCGACGAAGACAUUGGCGGAGACAACCACUCCGUCGCGUCCUUUGGCGACGAUGGUGCUCCUGUGGAUGAGGACUUCGCAUCGGACAGCCUCCCGGCUGCUCCAAGCUACGACGAGGAUGACAUCACAUUCACGCGCGACGAUGUGCUACCUCCAUCUGAUAGUAUGACAUUUGAUGCGGACGGCGCUCUCCUGAGAUACGACGAAUACGCCCGCAGCAGCUCACCAGCACCUCUCCAAGGGUACUCUGACUACAUCGGCGUCAACGACCCCGAUUCAGACCAUGCCACCAGCUUAGCCCAUAACGACGUUUACAAUGAGGACGCUGCUCCUGGCGCAAAGCGUGCAAAGACCACCCUCGCUGUACGCUCAAAGGUCACCCAACCUGCGCACUUCCAUCAGAGCACCAAUGCAGCUGAGCGGUCUGCGAAGCGCGUUACUGUAGACGAGUCCCGUAGCUACCACAUCGACGAUGAUGCGGGCAUUUCAUACCAGGCUUCGUCACGUGUGGCAGGUACCUUUGGCCGACGCAACCGUGAAAAGGGCAGCACGUUGCCAGCGUAUCAUAAGAAGGUGUCGCAUGAGCUUGACUCAGACGAUGAACUUAUGAUGGAUAUGCGGGAGAAGGGAUUUACCGACAAGCAGAUCGCCUUCAAUUUCGCCAAUCAAGGUAGGACGAAGUACGACUCCAAGAGCAUCUCCACUCGCAUCCAACGCAUCAAACUAGUCCAGUCCCAGCACGUGGACUUCGAGCUCGAGAAUGGUAUGAGAGAGUGGAAGUUGGAAGAUGACCAACUCCUCCUCCGCGCCUACGACCUCGCCUCCAUUGAAAUUGCCUACGAGAUCGAGCGCCUACGCGCCUGGCGCUUCAAAAAGACAGCCGAGUGGAUGCGCCGCAUGAACAAGGUCUCCGUCUUCAGCGGCAAGGCCUGCCACGCGCGCUACUCUUCCCUGCUUGACGGUACGGCAACCAUCCCCUGCGAUGUCGACGAUGACCCCGCCCAGCGCCGCGCAGCCAUGGAGGUGCUCCGGCAGCAGAAGGAAGAUGAGCGCGAGGCAGAGCGUGAAGCGAAAGAAGCUGAAGAAGCGGAGCGUGAGAGGAUCAAGGAUGAAGCUGCUGUGCGCCAGGCGAAGAUCUUGGAGGAGAAGGCGGAGAAGCGCGCGCAGGAUACGCGGGCGGCGAGUGCGCGGGCUACCACACGUGCAACGAAGCAGACGUUCAACCAACGGCAGGCGGAGGACCAUCUCAAGAAGAAGAAGGCCGCAGCCGCGGAUAAGCUCGCGAAGAAGGCGGCUACCGAGGCGGAGCGUAAGUUCCGCGAAGAGUUCGCACUGAAACACUUCAAGCAUGUGACUGAAGACACUCCUGAUCCGCGGAGGGUGCUGGACGUGGUCGACCUACGGAACCUGUGCCGCGCCCGCAAGAUCAACGACCAUGUGAUGAAGAAGGAUGGCGAGACGAAGAAGGUCCUGCUGCAGCGGCUGAGGGAUGCGGAUGAGAGGCUUAGGGUGGCGGAGUUGCGUGAGUUGGUGAAGGCGAGGGGUAUUCCGCACGGUGGCACGAAGGUGCAGAUGAAAUACCAGCUCGCGCUUUGUGCGGCGCGGUCCUGCGAGAGUUUCGUGCAGGAUGGGCAGGACGACGAGGGGGCUGAUGGCGGGGACGAGGCGGAAGGUGGCAUGGAGGUAGAUCUAAUGGUAGAGUAG